UGGUGCGGAGGGCGAGUUCACACACUCUCUCUCUCUCUCUCUCCCUCUCAGUCCCUUGCUCUCUUUCUCUCUCCUUCGCCAGCUUCAAUCGUGAUCGCGAACUUAGAAAAGGGAAUAUAUUUGAUUGAUAGAAAAUACGAUGCAAUUGCUCUUCAUUAUGUAACGGUUAUGUCAAACUGGACGGAUAUUAUACAGACUUUCUGUAGACCUAUAGUGAAGUGAACAAAGUUCUCUGAUAGAAUUUGACAGCUGGAAACUGCUUAAUUAAGAGCGGAAGGCGAAAUUGAGGGUCUUCAAGAUGGACGCCUCAACAGAGGACCUGGACGCCCUGGCCGAGCUGGAACGGCAUCUCAUGUCGCAGCUUCCGGAGGAACUGCAGAGGAUAGCGCUCAAUUUGACCCGCCAGGACAACGCGCUCUUUCGCACCAUGUUCCUCUUCGAAAACGACACACUCCCGCGGAACAAGACUUUCCAGAACCCGGUGUCCACGACUGCCAUCGAGGAAUACAACCAGUUCUGCCGGUUUGAUUUCCUCGACAUGUACAAAUGGUGGCAUUGUCGCUUAGCAGUGUGCAUUGGCAUCAUAGGAGCAGUUGCCAACGUCUUGACAGUGACGACUCUGACCAGGAAAAAUAUGUCGAACCCUACUAACCUCCUACUCUUGGGGCUGGCCGUGGCUGACAUGCUGGUGGUCACUGAGUACGUGCCCUACGCUACCUCGAGGCUCCUGGGAGGCCAGGCGCUUUCGCAGAGCAAAGGUCACGCCCUCUACAUUCUUAUUCAUGCUCACCUCUCGCAAGUUUGUCAUACGAUUGCGAUCUGGCUGACGAUAUCCUUGGCUAUAUGGCGGUGGGUUGCUGUCUGCCGUCCGCACAUAGCACCUACAGCUUGUACAAUGAUUCGUGCCUGGAGAGUCCUCUGCUCCGUAUACAUAGCCUGCCCUCUGCUGGCCACGCCCACUUUCCUCAUGUACACCGUGCAGGAAUAUCCUGACCCUACUGCUCCGCCUGAUGAUCCCAAGACGGUUUACAAGGUGGACUUUUCUCCUCUGGCCCUGGCCAAUGACGAGCUGCUCAAGAAGGUUAACUUUCUGGUCUACAGCGUGAUCGUGAAACUGAUUCCCUGCCUCAUGCUGAAACUCCUCAUGCCAGCCAUCAUCAGGGGAAUGUGGAUCGCCAAGAGGCGGAGACAGAGGCUCGUCUCUCGCAAGCCCUCCGGGAACGUCGUGACCACGAAGUUACUCGGCGACCGUCAGGAUAACGUCGAGGGCGCUCCCCCGGCUGCAGCAGCGAAGGGGCAGAACGCCCCCGGCAGGAAAUGUAGGGGGAUACUGCAGCAGCUACAUUUGGGCCGGACGAAGGCGUCCUCCCACAUCCCAUGUUCUUCCAAGACUGAGAUGAAUGUGAUGAAAGAAGGCGAGAAGAAGAAUCAGUCGAAGAAGAGUGAGAGCGCGACGGAGAGAACGACCACGAUGCUGUUAGUGGUCAUGUUCUUGUUUCUCCUGACGGAGGCGCCGCAGGGGCUUCUCACGGGACUCUCGCUCAUCUACGGCCAAGACUUCUUCAGCGACUGCUACCUGCAGCUGGGGGACCCGAUGGACUUGCUGGCCCUGAUCAACUCGUCCAUCAAUUUCCUCCUGUACUGCGGCAUGAGCAAGCAGUUCCGAGAGACGUUUGUCGGCCUGUACUGCUGCGGCAAAUCGAAACAGACCUCCCGAAACUGCGGCAAGCCACCGGGCCACACCGCGGCUGCGGUCACCUCUUACAUCUAGAGUGCGACCUCGUUCUCGGCUUAUUUUACACACUAACGUCUGUUGUACAGCGUUAUAUGUUAAGACUGUCUGCAAAGAUGACACUUAACGUUUAUAGAAGAUUAACUGUGAAAAGUGAUAGAUUUACAGAUAUGCUUUAUCGCGCGAAGUGCUGUUUUCCGAUGCUGCAAUUGUCUCUAGUAUUCUUGUACAUAAGAAUUCUAAUGAUUUUUGGUUUAUUGUUGCGCCAAGUGAC